UGGAGAGGCUGGAUUUAACGAACUAUGAGAAGGUAAGUAGAACGAGGUGGGUGCUUGUUGGGGAGCAGGCUGGAGGGAGAUGGGAAGAGUUUGAUCUGUGGCCAUGAUUUGGAUGCCUUUUUUUUUUUGAGUGUUUGUAGAGCUGUAAUCUACAAAGAACGUAGCAAAUGUGUUGUGUUUCUGUGUUAUUUACGGCGGAGGAGCAGGCAGACAAAGGGACAAAGAGCAUUAUUCAAUCCCGAUUGUGUUUCCCUCAUUUUACUAGACCUCUAGAGCAAUUAUUGCCCUCUUGAUUACCCUACUUCUCAAUUCAUUUACCAAGAGACUGCUUACAGCCACGGGUUGAGUUCAACUGCAAUCGUUUUCAGUCGGACGGAAAUAAUGACCCUCAUGGGAAUACAACCGGUUGGCGCAGCAGACAAACAAGUCCAACCCCCCCAACCUCCAGCAGACGACGACAGAACAGAGACAGACAUCUCCUCCUCCUACCGUCCUAGAAGCAACUCCCCCGUGCAAGGCGAUUAUUCCCAGGGCUCCAACGUUCCCGAACCCAAGCCAAGCGUGUCUGAGAUCCGCAAGACAGCCGAAGCGGCAGAGGAGGAGGACCAGGACAGACAAACCACUAGGCGGUCAUCUCGCGCACGCAAGCCACCGACGGGUACCUUGGCUCCGAUGGAGUCCGGUCAGGCAAGCAAGCCCAAGUUGACGCCUGCGUGUGGGAGCUGCAGACAGUCCAAGGUCCGUUGUGUCCAUCGGAGCAUUAUGUCUGAGGGUGAGACAGAAGACGCGACAGGAACGGUGUCGUCCAUGAAACGGAAACGGGAUUCCGGUGCGAGUUUCAAUAUCUCGAGGGACCAGGGCUCGGUCGAUCGCGACAGUGGUAGUGGAUCUUCAUUCGACGAGGGCAGCAAUGAGUUGUCGUCGCCGUUGGCUAAGAAAGCGCUCCGUCGAGUACGGUGGAAGCCAGAGGAAGGUGAGGAGGAAGAAGAAGAAGAAGAAGAGAAGUCUAGUUCUUUGUCUGCGUCCGAAGGCGAGCGCGAGAUGCCAGGCUCGCAGGGCAGCGUGCAUGAGCAUCAUCGCCGGGUCCAAGCCACAGGGUCCGCAGGGAAUGAAUUGCGAGAAUCGCCAGAUUCAACUGGGCCCUUCAAGCAUGCCACGUCGGAGACGUCUCGACGCCAGCCGCGGCGGCCUAGCGGAAAACAGCGUGUGAAGAUGGAAACGCCAGAUCUUGAUUCUGGUGGCCAGACGAACGUGCAAGGCAGCGAGGAGCGAAGGUUUCUGCCUUUCCCCCUGGAUAACCUGAGAGGAUCUGCGCAAUUGUCUGUUCACUCUGUGUUUAGCCAGGAGCUACAGCAGCGAUUAGAGGAGUGUGAGAGUCGGUGGCAUGCCGCGAUUGAAUCUCUUCAUGUUGCCAAGCGGGCACUGGACGACUGGGUAGAGGCAUGGCAAAGGGGGCUUUGAAUGUGUGCUGGGGAACUGGGAAGCAGGGAAGCAAUCCUCCAUUUUAGUACUCCGUACUAAACCCAUGCUGGAUUGGAACCCUGUGUGGAAAGGAAUGAAGUAUCAUUCCGCUAGGGUUGGCAAUUAAGGAUAACGCGGCGACAAUAAAUGACCUAACACUGGCCUGUCACAGACAUGCAUACAGUAAAGCAGAAAUCACAAAUUGCUUGCUGUACAGUAUACCAUGUAU